GAGGCGGUCCGGCAUCAUCGGUGGCUUGGAGCAGGACCUGGAGGACCUGAACACGGAGGCGAGACGGGCUGCAGCCCAAGAGCUUCCUCCACCUCGAGCUCCUCCUGCUCUUCCCCCGGCGGACCGCUGUCCCGAAACACUAUGCAUGGAGGCUGCGGGCCUCGAGUCCACCAUCAACGGCCUGAAGGAUGACAUCCAGAAGUCCAAAGACAAGGCCGCGGACCUCGAGAAACGCCUGGGCGAGCUGCGCACAAGCGAGGCAAAGAACGCCCAGCUCUUCGAGGUCGGCGUCAGGGAGGUGGAUGAGGUGAUCAGCAAGGCCAGCAACCUCGCCAGGCGGAAGGCGGCCAAGCUCCUGGCUCCCAAGCGCUCGGUGAGCAGCGACAGCGGGCAGGUCUCCAGCCUGCAGCAGCUCGGGCGCCAGCUGUCCUUCGCCCGCGCCGGCGACGACGCGGGGUCCGGGGGCGGCCUCGGCAUGGCGCCCGCGUCAUUCCUGCAGACCUCCCCGGCCGCGGCCGACGGCACCUCGCGGGGACCAGAGGCGGUGCUGAUGGCCGACAAGUUCGACGUGCUCAAGGCCCAGAACAGCACGCAGACGGCGUUCGAGGCUGAGGAGAGGCAGCUCCAAGACCUCGUCGACAUCGAGAAAAAGCGCCUGCAGGUCCUGGAGGCGAGCCUCAAGGAUCAGCAGCCCAUCCUCACGGAAAAGUUGAAGCAGGCCACGGAGACCAGCAGUCUAUUCGAGAUGGCCAAGCGCAACCUCCUGCGCGACAGGACCCUGCUGAACAUGACCAUCGCGCUGAGCAAGAAGAUCUUGGACGGCCACGACCUCAUGGACCCCAAGCGUCACGAGAUCGUCAACCUCGUCAAGAUGCCGAUCAAGAUGCUGGAAAGCAUGGACAUGGCCUCCUUCCUCAGCAGGGACCUGCAGCACCUGUCCGCCGCCCCCGCGCUGGUGCAGGUCGCCGCCAGGUCUCGUGCGCGCAGCAGGGCGCGCUCGUCCACGAAGGAGGAUUCUCCGACGGCCCAGAUGGCGCUGGCCACUUCGGAAGUGGAGGAGGAGGACAGCGCCGUCGCCGAGCCCGCCGACCCUCAGG